UCAAGGUGUUAGUUUGUAUCCCUGGAUGCGGCAGAGAAUGGACCCAAUGUUGCUUGGAAAUUAUCCUAAUCAGCAGUACGGGUACCAAGCCAUGUUGGCUGCUGGCAUGCAGAACCUAGGAAGUGCAGAUCUCCUAAGACAUCAAGUUAUGCAAUUUCAGCAGCCUUUACAGGGUCUUCAACAGCCAGGGAGCCAUACUUCACUCUUGCAGCAGCAGCAGCAGCAACAACAGCAACAAGAAGAAGAAGCAAUUCCUCUUAAUAUCCUGCAGGCACAAACCCAAGUUUUAUCAGAGAACAUGCCACAGCACCUUAUAUGGCAAUCACUUAACAACCAACAAGAGGAUCAGGCAUGGCAACAGCAACAUACCUAUCAGAAUACACUUCAUAUUCGAAGUGAUCAGCUGCAUCAGAGGCUGCAGUCAAAUGUGCCUUCUUCAUCCUUUGUGAAGGCAGACUUCAUGGAUCCAAGUACAAAGUUCUCAGCAUCCAUUAGCCCUAGACAAAACAUGGUCAGUUCACUUUGUCCUGAAGGGAGUAGCAAUAUUUUGAACUUCUCCAGAGUUGGUCAGUCCAUGCUAGCUGAGAAGUUACCCCAACAAUCAUGGGCUCCAAAGUAUUCACAUUCAAAGGUUGAUGAUUUUGCCAACUCAAUGUCACACUCACCUUAUCCUGGGAAAGAUGCUACUGAAGAGCCAGAAAUUUGUAACUCUGCUUCUCAGAAUCCUACUUCUUUUGUUGUUCAUGUUGAUUCAUCUGGACUUCUACUCCGUGCCACUAUGUCUACUUUUGCUACAUCAGUUGAUGCUGAUGUGUCCUCAAUGCCAUUAGGGGAUACUGGAUUUCAGAAUUCUCUGUACGGUUCAGAGCAAGACUCCUCUGAGUUAUUGAACAGUGCAGGGCAAGUUGAUCCACCAACCCCAUCUCAGACUUUUGUCAAGGUUUAUAAAUCAGGGUCGGUUGGGCACUCACUAGACAUCUCCCGGUUCAGCAGCUAUAUGAGCUGCAAGAGGAGCUGGCGCAGAUGUUUGGAAUUGAGGGAAAGUUUGAAGACCCUCUUAUAUUAGGCUAGUAGCUUGGAUGUGUUGACAGGGAAAAUGAUGUGCUUCUCCUUGGAGACGACCCAUGGGAGUAGGUAUUUAAAUGGAUAGCCCUUUGAUUAGAGUAUUUACAAUGGAUAGCCCUUUGAUUAGAUGCUUUUGAAGGUUUAUCUAUUAAUUGGUUUGAAAAUGGUUUUUUGUUAAAUUUGGGGUUUCUUGUGACAACAUUGAGAUUGUGAAUGAAGCCUCUUUUCUCUGUUCUCCUUCUCCAUGAUCUCCUUGAAAAGGCAAAGUAAAACUUGUUUAGUGACGGGUCCAGAUGCUCUGUAGAGUCGAAGGCGUUCCCACUAACAUUCCCCCCUCCAAAAAAAAAACAUUGCCAUUGCGUCUACUCAGAACUUGGAUGAAGAUUCUUUCUUUGUUAUUGCAUUCUGAUGAGCUUCUUUAAUUUUAUUGAUGCCUCUUUGAGAGAGUUGGGUUUAAGGAUUUCAAGAAAUCACUUUAUUAUAUUUGUUUAUCAACAUUUUUUUUAGAUUUUAUUUCCCUUCACCUCUUGGUUAUUUAUAUGUUUAUCUAUGAAUGUACUUUUUAAUAGUAUAGAACAGAAUAAAAUGAUUGCCAUGGCCAUGGGUUCUCAGAACAGGCUGGCAAGACCUAUUUCUGUGCACUU